ACGUUUUAGAAAUUAAGUUAAGCGACGUCAAAAAUUAAAUUUGAUUAAAAGUGUAGAUGCGUGUUAUCAAAGGGACCAAACCUGUAACUUAGUAUAAUGAUAUAAGGGAACGGUGUAGAUCAGCCUUAACCUAGUUUUCAUCGAGAUACGAGAAGUUACCAAUCUCAUGAUCUAAUCCCCAGACUGUCGCACAUCCGCCACACACAUACCACCGGCGAUCAACUAUGCCGAUUCCGAUAGCCGGCAUCGAUCCUGGCUCCCACAUCCUGGUUUUCCCUUACCCAGCCCAGGGACAUAUGCUAUCUCUUCUUGAUCUCACCCAUCAACUAGCCAUCCGAGGCGUAUUCAUCACAAUUCUCGUCACUCCCAACAAUCUCCCUGUUUUAUCCUCUCUCCUCUCCGCCCAUCCAACUACCAUCACCACCCUCGUCCUCCCAUUCCCACCACACCCCUCCAUUCCUUCCGGCAUCGAAAAUGUCAAAGACCUACCCGCCGGUGGCUUCAAGUCCAUGAUGGUGGCCCUAGGCGAUCUACACACCCCCCUUCUCGAUUGGUUCCACAAUCACCCUACCCCGCCGGUAGCCAUCGUCUCCGACAUGUUUCUUGGAUGGACUCAUCACCUCGCAUGCCAGCUUGGCAUUCGCCGUUACACCUUCUCUCCGUCUGGUGCGUUAGCUCUUUCCGUCAUCUUUUCCUUGUGGCGCUACCCACCCAAAAGGGCUGAACCACAAAACGAAAACGAGAUGAUAAGAUUUCCCAAAAUCCCGAAUUCCCCGGAAUACCCUUGGUGGCAGCUGUCCCCGAUUUAUCGAAGCUACGUGGAAGGAGACCCAACUUCGGAAUUCAUCAAAGAUGGCUUAUCCGCUAACAUGGCGAGCUGGGGAAUCGUCAUCAAUUCGUUCUCCGAGUUGGAACGAGUUUAUGUUGACCACCUUAAGGAAGAGCUCCGCCAUGAUCGUGUGUUCGCCGUUGGGCCUUUACUCCCUCCUAGCAAUAGUACAAUCAGCAGAGGUGGGUCCAGCUCAAAGGACGUCUUAUCAUGGCUCGACACGUGUGCAUCUCAGUCGGUGGUGUAUGUCUGUUUCGGAAGUCAAGCGGUGUUGACCAACGAACAGAUGGAGGUGGUGGCACUGGGUUUAGAGAAAAGCCUCGUAAACUUCGUAUGGUCGGUGAAAGAACCCACCGCCGGACACGUGACAGGAAAAUACGGCAAGAUUCCGGCUGGAUUCGAGGAACGUGUGGCCGGUAGGGGUGUUGUUGUUAGAGGGUGGGCGCCGCAGGUGGCUAUACUGAGUCAUGACUCGGUAAGUGCGUUCUUGACUCACUGCGGUUGGAACUCGAUCAUGGAAGCGGUGGCGGCGGGGGUUUUAAUGCUGACGUGGCCGAUGAGCGCUGACCAGUUCUCCAACGCGACGCUGUUGCACGAGUUGAAAGUGGGAAUCAGAGCGAGUGAGGGACCGGAUACUGUUCCUGACUCGGGCGAGUUAGCCGAGUUGUUUAGUAAAUCAUUGAGUGAGAAGACCCGAGUGGAGAGAGAGCGAGCGAAGGAAUUUGGGAGUGCGGCAAAGCAAGCAACAAGUGAAAAUGGGAGUUCAUGGAAAGAGUUGGAUAGAUUAGUGGCCAGUUUAUCACAUUAAAGGAAUCAGUGGACCAAUUAGCAAAAAUCAAGAAAAUUGUGCAAAAUUUAAGUUUUUUUCUUAAAAAACGCUGUAAAAAAUGGUCAGUGUGGGUAUUUAUUUUCUUUUAAUUUAAUCCAAAAAAUAAAUCAAUUUGUAUGUAGUCCAAAA